AUGACAGUGGCAAGCACCGCCACAAGCCGCUGCAAGAAAGCUGUGAAAAUGGGUCUUUCGCUCUUCCGCCGUGGCUUCAAUUCCUCCAAAUGCAAAUCAAUGGCGAAAAUGGCGGUGGCGAGAAUAAAGCUUCUGAGAAACAAGAGAGAAGCAGUUGUGAGGCAAAUGAGACGCGACAUUGCUAUGCUUCUCGAGUCUGGUCAGGACGCCACUGCUCGUGUUAGGGUCGAACAUGUAAUUCGAGAACAGAAUAUUAUGGCUGCAAAUGAGUUCAUUGAGCUUUUCUGCGAAUUAGUGGUGGCCAGACUUUCUGUCAUUGCAAAGCAAAGAGAGUGUCCAGCUGAUCUGAAAGAAGGGAUAUCAAGUUUAAUAUUUGCAGCUCCUCGGUGCUCAGAUAUUCCUGAACUUUUAGCAAUUCGAGAUGUUUUUGAGAAGAAAUAUGGGAAGGAUUUUGUUUCUGCAGCUACUGAUUUACGACCAAAUGCUGGUGUUAACCGCACGCUCAUUGAAAAGCUCUCAAUUAGGUCCCCAACUGGUGAAACAAAGUUGAAAGUUUUGAAGGAAAUAGCGAAAGAAUAUCAGGCUAAUUGGAAUACAACAGAAUCGGAGACCGAACUACUUAAGCCUCCAGAAAAGCCUAUAGAAGGACCAAACAACUUUGUAAGUGCCAGUAGCUUACCAUUGAAGUCAAUCCCUGAGAAAUCUCCUGAGCCGAAUAUUUCAACACGCAGAUGCUCGAACGAUGAACAGAGCAAUAUUGUGCACUAUGAAAACCCAGCAUCAGCUGCUGAAGCAGCUGCCAAAUUUGCAAAGAAAGCCACUUAUGCUGCUGAAGCGGCUGCCAUUUUGGCCAACAGAGACAUAAAUGUGUCAGGUAAUUCUCGUGCUAUGAAUAAUGGAUAUGCUGUCCAAAAGAGUAUGAAGGACAGUAGUUUUGGGAAUUCUCGUAGUCUCAGGGUUGUGGAGAUGAGGCCCCAUGAUGUGGAUGCUCAAAAUAUUCAUAGAAGACAUAGCUAUAAUAUUCCAUCAGCACAUUCAGAUAUUAAGUACGAUGAAUCAGAUUAUGAUGAAGAAAUCGAGAUGGAACCAACAAGUGGGGUUCCAAAGUUGGCCAAACAAAGUACUAAUAGGGAUAGCAGAAAGAUCUAUAAAAGGCACAGCGACAACUACAGUGCUCCAACUGGACACUCAGAUAUUAAGUUUGAUGAGUCUGAUUGUGAUGAUGAUCCAUACGAGGUGGACGAGUUUAUAAGAGGAACUAAUCUACCACCCGAACUGCCUACACAGGAGCAGUUUCCAGUGAGACGCGUGCAUCCCAAAUUACCUGACUACGACACACUUGCUGCUCGUUUUGAAGCACAGAAACACCACAGACCACCAACCUGA